AUGCCACCAUCACCACAAACACGUAAUGUUCGAGUCAAAUUCUUUGGAAAUUUCGCUGAUCGUCUUAGAGCAAAGAAUGAACAACUACAACAAGACUUUGAAAAGUUGGAAAAAGAUGUUCAAGAAGAAUUAUCAUCAUUACAAAAAAUUCAUGGUGAAUUAUCGAGACAUGAUGAACAUUUAGAUCUUGCUACAAAAGAAUUAUGUGAAAUGGAAAUAAAGGUCAAGGAAGCGGAAGAACAAUUAAAAGGAUUAAAACGUGAAAAAGAUGCAUUAGACAUGAAGUUGAUUGAAGUCAAAAGAGAAUGUGAAACUAUGGAUAGCGAUAAACAACAUGCGAUAAUGGAUACAAAUUUAAUCAGAAAAAAAUGCUUGGAAAAAAAGAAGAUAUUAGAGGAGCAUGAGAAAAUAGUUGAAGAAAUGGAAAAUAAAUUGCAAAAUUAUAAAAAUAUUUGUGAUGAAAUGGAAAAAUCAAAAUCAAUUCUUCAAGUAAAUCAAUGA